CGUGUGUGUGUCAUCAAGCGUGUACACAUGAAACUAGGAUGACACCGGCGCGACGCUGUUUUAAACAACAUUUAUUGUGGAUUAUUUAACGUAAUAUAUAUUAUUUACAGUGUCGUAUUUUGGUGACAAAAAGAGGACGUCGCCAUUAGCGCACGUCUUUGUAUCCGGCGUUUUAACUGCCGUUGCACUCACUGCAGCAACAAACAACCGUGUUGUGAUCCACCUCCAGGAGGAGGACACCGUCACCUCGGCACGAAACGGGAUCAACGCCCCACACGGCCAAAGACCACCCCCACAGCCAAGAAGCAGAACUGUAAAGUUGGACAUAAGCUGACAGCGGGCUAACACACCCUAGCUACUUAGCUAACGUUAGUUAGGCAAGUUCGCUACGUCAAGAACUUUGUUGGCAAGCUAACGUUACCGUUAUCAAGUCUGGAUUUCAAAGGCCGGGUUUUUACUAAUUCCGUGUUCUGACCAAAGUACGUUUGCACUUUAGAUAUUGUCAUAGCUGUAAGCAUAACUCCAUACGGCGCAUACGUCGGGGCAUAAUGCAUUUUGUACUUUCCUAAACUGAGGUAACAUCUCGCUAGCCCUGCUAGUUUUCGUAUCUCUACUCGCUGUCAAUGAAUGUAUCGCAUCCCAUCGCCGGGUGUUGUCUGGCCGUCGCCCCGUUCACUGAAAACGCUGCGGAUGACUCGUGAUGUAACCAGGGAUAAAGAAAUCUCAAGAAACGGGACCAUUUUAAAUCGACAGGAGUACCAGUUGCUUGGAUUUGAUCGGUAGUCGUAUGAUGGGUUCUCUGAAGGCUCUCCAGGAGUGGUGUCGGAUCCAGUGUGAACAUUACAACGAUGUGGUGGUAAAGGACAUGUCGACGUCCUUUCGGGACGGUUUGGCGUUUUGCGCCAUAAUACAUCGUUACAGACCGGAGCUCAUUGACUUUGGCUCGCUGUCUAAAGAGAAUGUAUACGAAAACAACCGACUGGCAUUUGAUGUGGCAGAGACACAGCUGGGGAUCCCAGCCCUGUUGGACCCAGAAGACAUGGUGUCCAUGAAAGUGCCUGACCGUCUCAGCAUCAUCACCUACGUCUCCCAGUACUACAACUUCUUCAACAACAAGCCUGGAGCAAACCCCCCUUGCAUGAAGAGGCUGAGUUCUGUGGGUUAUAAUGGGCCUGCCCAGAAAAGGCCACCAACCCCUUUGGAAGACAAAGUAGUUGAGUCUGAGCCGAGCCUGGAGACAGGUGUAGAAGCGGUUGCAGAAGUCCGGCGCGGCACACUCAGCAGCACCUGUGCCGCCUGCCAGAAACAUGUCCACCUGGUUCAGAGAUUUCUGGUGGAGGGCAAACUCUAUCAUCGCAACUGCUUCAGGUGCACAGAGUGUCACAGCACUUUGCUUCCUGGAUCUUACAAAUUAGGAAGCAGCUCUGGGGCCUUGGUCUGUACACAUCACCUUGCAAGGCAUGCUUUAGCCAAUCAGAACGGCCGGCCGGACUUCAGUAAGAGACCAGUGGAAGGUCAGUCUUCCAGGAUUGGUGGGAACAUAAUCCCUGACACCUCGCUCUCUGUGAUCGACCGAGCAGAGACUCCUUCUACAGUAAGCCAAACCAAUGAAACCGACAUGCCAGCCAAUGACUGUGAUGCAGUCCCUGCUGUCAGAACAAAUGGAGCUGACUCUUUGGAAGAAGCCAAACUGAUGGACGGCAGUGGAGAGAGGGAGGAGACACCUCAUUCUUCUUCUCCUCCUCCCAACCCUUUUGAUGAGAGUGAUGAUGAAGAUUUGGAGGCAGAGAAGGCGGAAGAUACAAAAACACCAGCCAAACAAACAAUCAAUGGGGACCUCCCUUCUGCAGCGAUCAGUCAUAAUGAAGAUGCCGAUCGGCCAGUACCGGCACCUCGUCGGGUCCUUGAGCCCGCCCCUCCUCCUCGCCCCGCCCCUCGGGUACGGUUACCCCGUACGGGAGAUGGUCUUACAGUCGGUGAAAACCAGAAGCCUCCGAUUCCUCCCAAACCUCGAGCGAGAUCACAAUCUCCUAGAAGCAUGUCAGGUGGCACCCAUACACCCAAAGACCCACCUUGGCUCGCCCUGGUCCAAUCAGAAUCCAAGAAGAAAAAGGCCCCUCCCCCUCCCCCCGCUGGACUGGCAACCCCCCCCAAUAUAGGCUCUCUGUCCUCUCUCAAAGGAGAAGGUUCCAGACCCAGCACCCCCCCAACACCCGCCAACCCCUUUGAGGAUGAUGAUGAUGAUGAUGAUGAUGUGGGGGAAGUGGAAGAGGAGGAGAACGGAGGAGGGGCAAUUCCACCCCUAGUGGUGGCGAGUCACCCGUGGUACAGAAUCACUCAGGCACCUGACGAGACGGGUGCUGACCCCCCCACUAGUGGAGGAAGCUCGUCCCGCUCUGCGAGCCCCGGGAGCGCCAAGAGCAAGAAACGGGCAGCACCUCGUGCUCCGCAUCCACCUGCAGGUCCCCAAGUUCCGUCUCACUCGCAGCCCUCCUCUUGCUCUCCUUCUCCAGCUCUCAGCACAGAGAGUCUGUCCUCCAACUUGGACUACAGCUCCUCCCAUCCCCAGUUAGGUGGCAGUGCCAGCAGUGACCAGGAACACGCCUUCUCCAAAAGUGUCUCGGAGCCUUCCAUCUGUUCCCCGUGCAGCUCCACGCCAUCUCCUUCCUCCGCCUCGACCGAGCGUCUUCCUCAUCCUUCCCUAAGCCCCUACCCUUCACCCGUGCCCUCAAAUGCCAGCUCUGCUCCAGCUACCCCGCAGCCAAGUCGCAGCUCUGGGACGAAGGGGAGCGUAGACACUCCACCACGACCUGCUACAACCCCCAGCCCAUUGGCCUCAGGAGCCGCCCAGUCACACAAUAAGCGGAUCUGUAAGGAGAACCCGUUCAACCGGAAAGCUUCUCCCACUCCUGAGAAAUCCAAAUCCAAACCACCAAAAGGCCCUCGUCCAGCCAGACCCCCGGCCCCCGGCCAUGGCUUUCCUCUCAUCAAACGCAAGGUGCAGUCAGACCAGUAUAUCCCAGUAGAGGACAUCCAUGGGGAGAUGGGUCAGCUGGAGAAGCAGCUGGAUGAACUGGAGCAGAAGGGAGUGGAGCUGGAGAAGAAGCUGAGAGACGACCCCAACGAUGAGGAUGAGGAGCACCUGUUGGUGGACUGGUUCACUCUCAUUCAUGAGAAACAUCUUUUAGUACGACGUGAAGCGGAGCUUGUCUACACAGCGAAGCAGCAGAACCUGGAAGAGAGACAAGCGGAUGUGGAGUAUGAGCUCAGGUGUCUUCUCAACAAACCAGAGAAAGACUGGACGGAGGAGGACAAGAGUCGGGAGCAGGAGUUAAUGGCUGAGCUGGUUACCAUCAUCGAACAGCGUAACCAAAUCGUUAACAACAUGGACCAGGACAGGCAGAGGGAAGAAGAGGAGGAUAAACUCAUGGAAGCCAUGCUGAAGAAAAAAGACUUCCAUAAGGACCCGGACGUUGACCAGCCAAAGAAAAAAGGGGCAAAGUUCAAACCCAUAAAGGUGCUUAAGCGGCUGAGCCAUAAAGGAGAACCAGGCAAGAGCCACAGCCCCCGCAAGGAGAAAACGCCGUAGCAACUUUCCUCCCAGAGGAUACGAGACGGUUUUAGGAAGACUAAAGGCCCGUGUCCACUUACAGCUUUUUUUUCUGAGCGUCGUAUUCCUCUUUUUUUUCCUCAACUGUCAAUGAGAAGAUGCGACAACAUGUGGCCACCCAAUGAAAGGAUGCUGCACCCAGCCUUCUAUGAGGGCCCCUUGACUUCUUUUUGCGCAACCGUUUUGAGAGCUUUAAGUGUAAAAUAUGAACUGUUAAAAAAAAGCGCUUGUGCAUUACAGUAGAAAGUGGAGGCAAAACUUGUUCUGGUCGUGUCAGUCUAUCCUAAGCUUUUUUUUGGUUACCUGCUAUUAUAACCUUUAUUCAACCUUUAUUAUUUAAGAGCAAAAAGAUCAUUUUGAGCAACAGGGCGGAGUCUGAGUAUUGCUGGUGAGUGUUGUGAUUUUAUUACCUUACACCGUGUGUCGCCUUGCUGUAAUGUUACAGAGCGUGCAGAUGUGCGCAUCUAUAAGAAACAUGAGGCAGACAUCUGUCAUUUGAUGCACGUUGGGACAAAUGCGUUGCAGACCAAAUGGACAAUGUCGUCAUUGAAGCACUUUCCCAAGAAAGUGUGCUAUGUGGAGACGGGCCCCAAGGCAAAUAUAAGAGAAGGAGAAAAGAAGCAGAAGAUCGGAUGAGGUCACCUUUAACUGUAAAAUGAAUGUCCAACCUGGAAUCCUCUCCCGCUCACAUCGUACUUGAUGCUUCUCUUCAGUGACUAUUUACAGUUGCCUUUUGUGUUUUUAAAGAGACAUUUUAACAUUUCAACUGCUUUAAGAGCUGGCAUGUUUAUAAGCUCUAAGAUGCAAAUUGAUCCCUGAUAUCCAUGAGUUAAUCGGGUUUUUAAUCGGCUCCUGUGUUAUACCAGUGGCUCCUGCUCCCUGCUCCCAGUGGUAUUAGUUGGAUAUCUGAGAGAGUUUCACGUCAUGUGUGGAUUGAGCCUUUGGUACGAGAAAAAGUUUAUAUGAGCAAUGCUUCAAAAUCUAGCAAAUUCUACUCUUAAAAUGCUCGGGCCGCUCUUUUAGCUGCUGUGCUAUGAGUGUCUGUGGUGUCCUUGUUUUUAAGUUUCUUCUGUGAUAGAUUUGCAAUGGUGUCUUUUUUUUUUUGUAAAUGCAUAUCCUUAAAGACGUGGAUGAGCGUAGAAACAGUGUUUGUGCAUGUGUGACUGGAAGCAAAGUAGAAAACAUGGUUAAAACAGGUUAUGAAAGUCAGCAAAUAAAAACUGAUGUCGCAAGGUUUAUUAAUAUGAAAGGUCACUCAUGCAAUAAUGAACAUUAAAAGGCAGAUAUACAAUAUUUGAACUGUAACAAAGCACCAGCUUGUAACAGUUUUAACCAUCAGGGACAACCUGAAUAUGCAAUCAUGCAUUCAUGUUUUACUAUGUCUUUCCAUAUGUCUAUGUUUUGCCUUAAUGGAUAGGAAAAGCUGUGUUAAUAGUGUUUGUACCAGUGCCAUUUAUUUAAUUACAGGUGUGGAUAAGCAACAUUUGUUCAGCUUAUGUAAAGUAUGUUUUGUUCCUGUUUGUCCCGUUUGAUUCUGUACUCCCUUCUAAAUGGUAAUCUCUGUAGUGUCUGUUCCUGUCCUGUUCCUGUCCAGCUAAAACCAAGGGCUUCUGUAGCAGGAUUAUAAAAAAGGACACCGGAAGGUGGAGGAUUAAAAUAAAUUAAUACGGCUUG